AUGAGCCAGAUGAUCGAGAUGAACCCGCCUCGGCCGCUGACAUUUUUCAAAGGCGAAGGCGACAAGCUCGGGCACGUUAGCUUCUCGAACUACGACGGUUUUAGCAUGUCGGCGAUGUACGUGGCUCUGGACGAGAGUGACAACGUUGCGUGCGCCGACGGUGGUGCCAAGUUUGCCAUUGGCGACCCACUUCCCGACGCGAGCAGCAAAGCGAGGAGACGGAACGGCCGAGCCGACAACGGAGGCAGCGAGCAAAAAGGCAGCGCGGCGCGGCUCGCGCGCCGCGCUGGCGAAGGCCCCACCGGCGCAACGCUCACGCACAUGCCUCCACUGCUCGCCACCGCUGGCGACGACGGCGUGGCGCUGUGGGACGGUGGCGCGGUGGCGCGGCGCCGCUUCUCGCCGCACGCCGCGCAGAAGCGCGAGCACGCGCUCACGCUGCGUGGCCACCGCGCGGGCGUGUGCGCGCUCUCGUGGAGCCCGUCCGAGGUCCACGUCGCCUCCGCCUCCACCGCCGGCGACGUGAUCGUCCACCGCGUGCAGGGCUCCGUCGCUGCGCUGGCGACGGGGUCGGAGGACGGCGUCGUCUCGCUCUGGGAGACGGCGGCGCCGCUGCGCUUACCGCGUGCAGUUCAGCUGCACAAGUUUGAGGCGCACAGCGCGGCCUGCUGCGGCGUCGCGUGGUCGGCUGUCAACCACCACUUGCUGGUGUCCGCCGCCGCAGACGGAAGCAUCGUCUUCUACGACACGACCCGCCUCGCCGUCGUGCGGACACUCUGCUCCGACCAAUCGUUCACCUCCCUCGCCUUUGCGCCCGACGGGCUCCACCUCGCGUGCGGCGCCGCCGACGGCAGCGCGUGCAUCUUCGACCUGCGCUCCUCCGACGACUCACCCCUCUGGAGCACCCGUGCGCACGACGGACCCGUCGAGCUCAUCCGCGAGCUCGAGGCGCAGCGGCACGAGGUGCGCUCGCUGAUCGAGGCGGGGCGGGAGGAGGUUGCUGCCUUGCGCGAGGAGAACGCCGCGCUCCGCGAGGAGAAUGCGCGCCUUCGCGCGCCGCCGCUAGCCGCGCUGGGAUUGCAGCGCUGGGGCGCGGGGCAGGGUGCGGCGUGUCAGCGCUGCUAA